GCUCCCAGCACCGCAGCAGCAGCCGACGAACCACCACCACCACCACCGACAAAAUGAAGUGCCUGAUCGUCUUGAGUGCUGUCGUGGCCGUGGCCCUGGCCAAGCCCGGCUACCUGGGAGCCGGCGUCGCCGCCCCCGCCGUCGCUGCCGUCCCCGGCAUCGCUGCUGCUGUCCAGCCCGCUCCGGUCUUCGUGGGCGGCAUCCACCCCGGCCUCGCCGCCUACGGUCCGGCCAACAUCGUCGUCGGACCUGGUGGCUACAACCUGAACACCCCUGACGUGGCCGCCGCCAGGGGCGCCCACCUGGCCGCCGUCGCCCAGACGAGGGCCCGCGACGCCGCCAUCAACGGCGCCGCCCUCGCCGCCGCCUCUGCCGCCGCCUAUGGCGCCUACGCCGCCCCCGCGGUCGUCGCCGCAGCCCCCGCCGUGGCUGCUGUGGCCCCUGCUGCCUACGGCGGCCCCGCUGCUGCCCUGCUGGCUGCCAAGGCUGCUUACCACGGCUGAUGCACUGUGCUGUGUGACGUUUCACAACUUUCCACCACUCGACCUCACUGGAUCUGAAACCUCAGAUUUUGCACCACAGGCUACAAAUUUUCUUAUACUGAUAUACG